AGGAUGAACGAGACAAAGAAACAAAGAUCAAAACUCUAACGGUAACCCUCAGUUACAAUGUACAACGGCACACUCUUUCUCUCUCUAAAAGUAUAUAAAAGAAAUUAAAGAAAAGAAGUUCAAAAUCUCUUAACGGCAGCAUUUCAAAAACAAAAACAAAACCCUCUAACGGUAACCCUCAAUUGCAAUUUACAACUCUUUUUCUCUCUCCUAAUUCAUCCAUUUCAGCUGAAAAUUAACAAAUUAUCAAACAAUUCAGGAUUCCCAUCAUCAAAUUAUCUUUCGGCUGCCCUCAAUUUGAGGAAUCAGAUAGUAAGAGUAAGAGAAACAAAUUGCGGAAAAAUCAAGAUUAAAAUCUUUGAUCUUCAACCUAUUUGAGCAAAAAUUCAAUUUAUAUUGGUGGAUCCAAGUUAUGUGCUGCUACAUUUGAUGAAAAACUGUUGAUUUUGAAGGAAUAAAUACACCUGCCAUUUUUCAAUUUACAAUUAAAAUACAAAAUCAUAUCAGCACAAUGACAGUAAAAUGUCCUUCAACCCCAAAUUCAAAGAUUGAUAAAUCAUCAGCAGCAUCUACCCCAGUAUCGACACCGGCAUCACGAGUAAAUCGAACGCCUGCAUCGACACCCGGUGGGCCGAAAGCCGCCAAGGAAGAUAAAAUUGUUGUGACUGUAAGGUUAAGGCCUUUAAGUACAAGGGAGCAGGCAGCAAAAGAUCAAGUAGCAUGGGAAUGUAUUGAUGAACAGACAAUUGUUCAUAAAACUCCGGUUAAUGAUCGUUCAAUGCAACCGUCUUCAUUUACAUUCGACAAAGUAUUCGGUCCGGCGUCUGUGACUGAGACUGUGUAUGAAGAAGGGGUGAAAAAUGUGGCAUUAUCUUCUUUGAUGGGUAUAAAUGCAACAAUUUUUGCUUAUGGACAGACAAGUAGUGGUAAGACAUUUACAAUGAGAGGAAUUACAGAGAAAGCUGUAACAGAUAUUUAUAACCACAUAAUGAAUACCCCAGAAAGAGAGUUUACUAUCAGGAUUUCUGGAUUAGAAAUCUACAAUGAGAAUGUCAGAGAUCUUUUGAAUUCUGAGUCCGGUCGCAAUCUUAAGCUAUUGGAUGAUCCAGAAAAAGGUACUGUUGUUGAGAAGCUGGUGGAAGAAACUGCUACUAAUGACCUGCAUCUUAGACGCUUGAUUAGCGUAUGCGAGGCUCAAAGACAAGUGGGUGAAACUGCUCUCAAUGAUAAUAGUUCGCGAUCUCACCAAAUUAUUCGACUGACAAUACAAAGUACACUGCGUGAAAGCUCAGGCUGCAUUAGGUCCUAUGUUGCAAGCCUGAAUUUUGUAGACCUUGCUGGAAGUGAGAGGGCUGCACAAACACAUGCAGAUGGUGUCAGACUUAGGGAAGGCUGUCAUAUUAAUCUCAGUCUUAUGACUCUGACAACAGUAAUUAGGAAGCUCAGUGCUGGUGGCAAGCGAACUGGUCAUAUACCUUACAGAGACUCAAAACUUACGCGGAUACUACAACACUCUCUUGGAGGGAAUGCCCGUACUGCUAUCAUAUGUACAUUGAGUCCAGCAAUGAGUCAUGUUGAGCAGACACGGAAUACACUAUUUUUUGCAACUCGGGCUAAGGAAGUGACUAACAACGCUCAAGUGAACAUGGUCGUCUCUGAUAAGCAACUAGUGAAACAGUUGCAAAAGGAAGUAGCCAGAUUAGAAGCAGAGUUGCGUACACCUGAUGCUUCAGAUAAGGACCUGAAAAUUCACCAGAUGGAAAAGGAGAUGGAAGAGUUGAGACGUCAAAGAGAUCUUGCACUAUCUGAAGUAGAAAAGCUGCGUCAAAAAGUUCAGGAGGAGAAGGGAAGUGAGGUUAUUGGUCCGUUGGGAUCCCCUCGACCAGUUAAAAAGUGUCUUUCCUUCUCCGGCACAUUGACAUCAAACUUGAACGUAAAGCAACAGGGAAGUCAGGCACAGUAUAAGACUGUUAGGCAAUCAAUGAGAAAGUCGUCUACUGCUCCAUUCACCCUCAUGCAUGAAAUUAGGAAGCUUGAGCACCUGCAGGAGCAACUUGGAGAAGAAGCCAAUCGAGCUCUAGAAGUGCUGCAAAAAGAGGUUGCUUGCCAUAGACUAGGUAAUCAAGAUGCAGCUGAGACAAUUGCUAGGCUGCAAGCAGAGAUAAGAGAAAUGCGUUCUGUUAGAAAAGAACUCAAGGAAGAUGAUGAAGUCGGGGCAGUCGUUGCCACGAAUAAGAGUGUUAGUGCUAAUCUGAAGGAUGAGAUUACAAGACUUCAUAGUCAAGGAAGUACAAUUGCUAAUCUUGAAGAGCAACUUGAAAAUGUACAAAGGUCGAUAGACAAAUUAGUAAUGUCUCUUCCAAAUAAUGAUGAGCCAAAUGGUGAAGCAAUUCAGAACUCGAAAUCCCAAUCAAAAAAGAAGAAAUUACUUCCUUUAAGUUCAAGCAGUAGUGCUAACAGACAAAAUCUAUUAAGAUCGCCAUGCUCUCCUUUAUCUACUACUGACCAAGUUGUGGAGACUGAAAUUGAAAAUAGGAGUCCAGUAAGUGAGAAUAUUGUUGCUACUGAACCUACGCACUACGUAGAGAAAGGAACACCUACAAAAACUGAAGGAGCUGGAGGAGAUGUUUCAUCUAAGGAAGGUUCAGGACCUUCAGGUUACAGAAGAUCAAGUUCAGUUAACAUGAAGAAAAUGAAACAAAUGUUUCAGAAUGCAGCAGAAGAGAACGUACGAAACAUAAGAACAUAUGUUACAGAACUGAAAGAACGUGUUGCCAAACUCCAAUAUCAGAAGCAGUUGCUUGUCUGCCAGGUGCUCGAGUUGGAAGCAAAUGAAGCAGCUGGUUACAAUGUUGAGAACGAUGAAGAAGAUUUUGAAGAAAACGAACCCCAAGUUUCAUGGCAUAUAACUUUCAAGGAGCAAAGACAGCAGAUUAUUGAAUUAUGGGAUGUUUGUUAUGUAUCCAUCAUUCACAGGACUCAAUUUUACCUGCUAUUUAAAGGAGACACCGCAGACCAGAUCUACAUGGAAGUUGAGCUCAGGCGUUUGACUUGGCUGCAGCAGCACUUGGCAGAAACUGGAAAUGCAAGUCCUGCUCCUCCUAGUGGAGAUGAACCCACAGUUUCUAUUUCAUCCAGUAUUCGAGCAUUGAGGCGAGAAAGGGAGUUCCUCGCAAAGAGGGUGACCACACGCCUAAGCCCCGAGGAAAAAGAAGCAUUGUACAUGAAAUGGGGCAUCCCACUUGAAGGAAAACAAAGAAGGCUGCAUUUUGUGAGUAAGUUGUGGACUGAUCCUCAUGACCCUCUCCAUGUGCAUGAGAGCGCGGAGAUUGUGGCUAAGCUUGUAGGGUUUUGCGAGGGUGGUAAGGCCUCAAGGGAGAUGUUUGAGCUAAACUUUGCACAUCCAACUGAUAAAAGACCAUGGAUUGCAGGCUGGAAUCACAUCUCCAACCUGCUUCACAUUUAAGAGGCUGUUUUUUAUUUGUAAGUACGACAAAUCAUAUGUUCUGUAAAUGUACUCGAAAACAAAAAGUACUGGAGGUCUCUCCAUGACUUAAUUAAUUCAUUCUUUCUGUUCUGGCUGUUGAUCAGAUGACUGUCACUGCAAUAUAACCGUUAAGUUUUGGAGUU